AUGGUAAAUGCACUCAACACUUUGUUUAGUGAAUGUAUAGAGAGACACGCUCCAUUAAAAAGAAGCAAGUUAACACGCCCCCCUGCACCAUGGAUGAAUGCAAAUGAAAUACGAAAACUACAGGCUGAUCGGGACAGACUGCGCUUUGAAGCUCACAAAACCAACAGUGAUGAUUCUUGGAAGGCCUUUCGAGAAGUUCGCAACAAGAUAAAGUCUGUUAUUAAUAAAACAAAACGAAACUUUAUUAAAACUGCUCUUUCUUCUAACAGACCAAAGGAGGUAUGGAGAAUGAUACACCGUAUUCUCCACCCUAAUAAGAAGCCUCUUCACGCAGAUCCAGAUAAACUCAAUGACUAUUUUAUUAAUACGAACGAAAGGACAUUAGGAACCAAGCCAGCUGCACUAUCAGAUCUACUUGAAUUCAUUGAUUCUCUUUCCGAUGGUACAACGCCACAGCAAUCAUUCUCUUCACGACCCGUUUCGCAUCGUGAGGUGUUGUGCGAAAUUGACAAACUCCGCUCAGACACAUCUACUGGUAUUGAUAAUAUACCG